AUGAAGCACCUUGUAUUUUUAGCGUUGGCAAUCUUUUGCCUCCUGAUUGAUGGCGUAAGUCUGGAAUUGUAUGCGAACCACGAUCUUAUUUGCAUUGACAAGCAAUCUAUUGAAAAGAGCAGGAUGCUCGCAUUGGAUUCAGUAAAGCAUCUUUUGCAAUCUGACUUUGUGACGAUCCAUGAAACCGAUGUCGAGCUAUAUGCCGUGAUGGACAGAAAUCUUUCGUCUUUUAUGAACGCAAUUUGCGGAGACAAUGCAAACAUUACCAUUGUGCUCCAAGACUACAACAAAGUGCUUAAGAACGAAAGGUCUGAAAUAGCUUUGAAGAAUCUCGAGGUUGGCUUGGUCGAUUUACACAUUCCUAGAUCAUUUCAAAAAGCAAUCGUGGAAACCCCGAACUGCAAUGGGCCUCGACCUACAGAACUUAUCACGAGACAAAGGAUUGGUACCGACAUCUAUCGUUCAAGUAUCCUCGAUAUGUCGAAACCGUAUUUGCUGUCCGAAUAUACAAUCGUCACUCGUUUGCAAGCGACGCCAAAACUAGACACGUCAUUUGGAUUCAAAGGUAAAUUUUUCGGCGUUACCUUUAGCUUGCUACAUGCCAGAGAAUGGCUGACAGGGGCCACCGUCAACUACGUUGCAGCAAUGAUUAUUGAAGGAUUGGCCGGAAAUGCUACUGAUCCUUUGGUCGACAUGUACACUCUGCUCAAGCUGGUGGAGGAUGGCCAAAUCGAGCUUCUAAUCAUCCCAAUCUGCAAUCCAGAUGGGUAUGAGUACUCUUGGACGCAAAACCGGCUUUGGAGAAAAAACCGCUCGCAGCAUGGAAAUGGCGUCGAUCUCAAUCGAAAUUUCAACAGCAAAUGGGGUGUUUCCGGAGACUCUUCUAACCCAGUUUCUGAUGUUUAUUCCGGUCCACAUGCGUGUUCCGAAAUCGAAACGCAGGCUUUGGAGCAGCUUUUCGUGAGCAAGGCUGAUAACAUUGUGAUUGCCUUUGACUUUCAUACGUUUUCGCAACUGAUCUUGUGGCCCUGGAGCUACGACACCUCAUCCAUGCACCCGAAUGAGCAGGCUCAUCAAAAGGUUGCAACUAUCCUUUCAUCGAGGGGCCAUGCUUAUAAAUCGAUGCAAAGCGCAGCCAUGUAUGCAUCCUCGGGAGCAGCCUCCGACUUUUAUGCCAAAAAUAACAUUGUCAGCUUGACGGUUGAGCUUCCGCCUAAAUUUGCCGGAAAUUCGGGAUUUAGCAUGCCGAUUCACAUGAUCGCCGAUGUGGGCUUGGAUUGGACCCUAAAAAUAUCGGCCUGGGUGGACGCAGAGUUUGGAAAUAAACCAAUUUGCUAA